AUGGAUGUUGCAUUACUCCCACCGUCACUUGAAGUGCUUUCUCUUAGUCAUCUCCCAGAAAACUUGCAGUCCUACUUCCUUAAAGGCUUGGCCUACCUCAGGGACUUGAGACUCAGGGAUAGCCCAUUUUUUAAGUGUGUACAGCUCCAUUUGUGCACGGCCUUGGAGGAUCUGCAAAUUUGGGGGUGUGAACAGCUUGGUGCAUUGGAGGGCUUGCAAUUCCUCACCACUCUUCGAAGCAUGAAAAUUUCUAGGUGUCAACAGCUGGGUGCGUUGGAGGGCUUGCAAUUCCUCACCUCUCUUCAAAGCUUGACAAUUUCGAGCUGUCAACAGCUAGGUGCGUUGGAGGGCUUGCAAUUGCUCAGCUCUCUUGGAAGCUUGGAAAUAGAAUUGACUCCUGCGUUAUCUGCUGCAUGGGAGCGGGAUCCAAAGCUACAGGAGCAAGAACAGGGUGGAAAUCAGAUUGGACUGCUUCCUCCGUCAAUUACCAGACUUGUGAUCCGGAAUCUCACAAACAAUGUCCAGUCCCGUCUGCUAUCCUGUCUCCCUGCCAUAACUGAACUAGCAGUACGGGAAAGUCCAGAAUUGACAUCUCUACAGCUGGGAUACUGCACGGCACUGACAGAGUUAGAAAUUAGAGAUUGUGACUCGCUUGCUUCUCUACAGCUGGGAUACUGCACGGCACUGACAAAGUUAAAAAUUAGAGAUUGUGAGUCACUUGCUUCCAUCGAGGGAUUCCAGUUCAUUACAAACCUGACGUCCUUCACAGUAGGUGCCUCGUCCAGAUUACCUCCAUUGAUGGAGCUUUUGUUGAAGCAGCAAGGGGUCUGUGAGGUCUUGUCUCGACUGACUUGCCUUGAGAUUAGGGACGCCUCUGUUCUUACCAUGUCCCUCUGCCAACAGCUCACGUCUCUACGAAGUCUGAUAUUCGGUGGAAAAGAAACGAGCUCGAUGGUGAGCCUAACGGAGGAACAUGAGAAUAGCCUAUUUUUGGGCUUGAUGGACUAA